GGCAAAAUGCGCCUGUGAAGCAAAGGGGAACAGAGAAAAGAUUCCGGAAAAAAGAAAAAAAGAAAGAAAAAAAAACGAAAAACAGAGAUCUUACCAUGAGGAAGAGCAGCGCCAACUGGUUGCGCCAGGGCUACAACAAGUUGACUCGAGCAGCUGCUGUUGGCAAAAACCACCCCACCGCCGCGGAUCCAAAGCAACAGAACUUCCCAAUCCUGGAAGGCCACCCUGUGGCCCAACAACACGCCCAGCAAUCCGUCGAGACAUUCGACGCGGUCAAGAGCCAGAGCAAUAAGCGGUCGCCGCUGCUGACUAAAGAGUUCAAAAUCUACAGAUGGAACCCGGAUGACCCGACCCGCAAACCGUUUCUCCAGUCUUUCUUCCUCGACCUCGCCGACUGCGGCCCGAUGGUGUUGGAUGCGCUGCAGAAGAUCAAAGCCGAGGUGGACCCAGGUCUGACCUACAGGAGAUCGUGCAGGGAAGGGAUAUGCGGGUCGUGCGCGAUGAACAUCGAUGGCACCAACACCGUGGCCUGUCUCAAACCCAUCGACCCGGACCCGGCCAAGCCCUUGUUCAUCACUCCCCUGCCUCACAUGUUCGUUAUCAAGGACCUCGUUGUCGACCUCACCAACUUCUACCAGCAGUACAAGUCAAUUGAGCCGUGGUUGAAGACGAAACGACGGCCGGAGGAAGGGCGGGAGUACAGGCAGUCACCGGAGGACAGGAAGAAGCUGGAUGGGCUGUACGAGUGCAUCCUGUGCGCUUGCUGCACUACAUCCUGCCCUUCCUACUGGUGGAACCCUGAAGAGUUUCUGGGGCCGGCAAGCUUGCUGCAUGCAUAUCGCUGGAUCUGUGAUAGCCGGGAUGAGUAUACAGAGGAGCGGUUGCAAGCGGUGACAGAGGGGAUGCAGAAAUUGUACAGGUGUAGGGCUAUCAAGAAUUGUACUGCCACCUGUCCCAAGAGCCUCAAUCCUGCUGACGCUAUUCACAAGAUGAAGGCCAAGCAUUUGACCUCUGUUCAUGUCGAGAAGUCGGAGAGCUAAACCUAGCAGCAACUACACACGAAGCCUUCUGGCGUUAGAUGGUGUAAUUAAGGGCUAUCAAUCUGCCCUUGAUGGGCAAAACUUAGCAGCAACCCAGGGAGCAGCGUGUAGCUGCUGCCAGCCCAGGUGGCGCCUAGUGAUUGGGCCUAAAUUUUUGUAUUUAAUUCUCUUAAUGGGUAACCAAAACUCUUAGGCGGGGACGGAGAGGGGACGGAGACGUUACUUCUUAGGGUUUUUUUUUUAUAGGAGUUUUUCAAUUGCUAUUAACUUUAAUUCGUAGGUAUCAAAUUUAUAUUAUAGUUUGGUUUAUUUUUUGGGUAAAUACAAUUUAAUAUCCAAA